UUUGUGACUGUAACCUGGAGGGAACCCAGCGUCCGUCAUGCGACCCUGAAACUGGUGAGUGCAUCUGUCGAAUCGGCGUCACUGGUAUCUUCUGUGACGAGUGUGCCCCUGGCUAUGACUCAGCAUUCCCAGCAUGCGAGGAGUGUCACCCAUGCACCGCGCUCUGGUCCGUAAGUGUCAUCGAUGUUCAGCGAGCCGCCCAUAGGAUGAGAACCUUCAUCCCUCGCCAUGGCGAUGACCUGCAGCCUGGAGACAAUCAUCAUCAGCCACGCAUGCUUGAGAUGCACUCCGAGUUGAACGGCCUCGCCAAUCUGACGGGACUCUCUCCACCAAGAGUGGAGAGGGUGGAGAAACUGUCUGUGAAGAUCAGGAAAUUGAAAGACGCCAUCGACCCGAACAUGAUAGUGAUCGACCCAUCUCCUCUCCUCAACACCGAAAUCGACAGCAUUCGUCUGGAGUUCAGGAAGCUGCUGAACAGCCUGAAGGAGAAACUCGUGGAGGAUCCGGAUGAUGAGGACGAGGACCUGGAGGAGUUGAAGGAUGAGGUCCAGAAGCUUCAUCAGGUCUUCAUGUUGGACGAGAAGAGGGUGAGGGACGCCAGCAGAGCUCUUGAAGAUGCCAUAGACACCCGACAGGAAGUCAAGCACAAACUGAGCAUGUGCUGCGGCGGCGGAGGAGACCUGGCACCGCUGGAGAGAAAGGUCAACGAGCUCGACGUGGUCGACCUCAACCAGAAGGUCUGUGGAGGACCAGGUCUGGAGGACUGUUCAGAGUGUGGUGGAGCUCUGUGUCUUCUGGAUCUGGGAAAACGUAAAUGUGGCGGUCCGAACUGUGACGGCAUGGUUCCUGUCAGUCAGAGAGCUUCGGAGUCCGCGCAGACGGUGAAGGACCGACUCAACAAGCUCCCAUCCAGUCUGCAGGAAUCCAAGAACAAGAUCAACGAUGCCAAACGAGCAGCUCAGGACACCAAAGACCAGGCCAAAGACCUCCAGGACCGGAUUAGUAACAACAUGGACUCCCUGGAGAGAGAGAAAAACCGAACCAAGGAACUUCUCCAGCGAGUGAAAGACUACCUGACGG